AUAUAUUGUUUGUGUACUCUUCAUAAUAUGAGUCUCGAUUUUAUUGGUCUUAUUGGUCUCGAGUAUGAGCAUACGGUCAAAUAAAAAAUAAUUGGUCUAAUGUGAUGUAUAAUCACUUUUAUUUGACUAUUAAUAAGUAAAUGGAUUUCAAUAAGCAACGUGUUCAUUAGAUGUGGGGGGGAAUGAUCAUGCGAUAUAGAUGAAGGGAGCGGCGAAUAAAUCUGAAGAAUCUCUAAAAACACUUAGUACAUCUUCACGAACGAACACGUGAUUCUUAUGUGUGUGUUGCUCGUGACUUUGCCUCUCUUUUCUCACUUCACUCCAAUUCUCUUCGUAAAGAAGACAACCAAAAUGAUAGAAAAAUUAAUUAAUAAAAUCCAAAAGCUUUAAAGUGUCUCAGGAAAAGAAUCAUAGGGAAACACCUUUACAUUUGUCUUACUAUUUAUCGCUCUAACUAUAGCAUAUUAGAGGCAUAUAACCAAAUUGAAUCCAAAUGAACAAUUAUAUUCAAAUGUUAGAGAAAACAAGUUGAGUCAAAUAUUCGUCUCAAUCUUUUUUACAUAACAAUGUGAAUGAAUUAUUUACAAAAUUUUAACAUUACUUUCCAACAUUUGAAUAACCACACAAUAACAAAUUAAAAUUUUAAUAAUUUAUUUAAAUGAUUUGAUUGGUAUCAUGGUUUCAUAAUGAACAAAGUUUCAAUGCAACAGAAUUAAGCAAAUUUAGAUGUACAAUGUCAUUUUUAUUCAAGUUUGUCCAAUUGAAUCAGAACCAAUAAAAAUGUUUACACUUUUCUUUUGUUUUCAUUUGUUUGUAGUUGGAUCAGAGCAUUCUUUCACACCAAAUACAUAAAAUUGACAUUCAAUUUUAAUGUGAUUGAAUUAACUAAAUAUUCUUAGUUCAACUGAAUAACAUAUGCAGAAUUUCAAUUUUACCACAAGUUUGAUACUAUUUUUUUUAAAUUUACUUAAUAGAUAACCAUUUUCGAAAAUACCUUAAAUUUGUUACUAAAAAAAGAUUAGAUAAUUUUUUUAAGAUUAGAUAUUUAAAUCAAUACAUAGUGACAAGUCAAGUGAUGUUUGGAAAAAAAAACUAAUAUUAUAUAAUGUGAUUUUAAAAUCCGGAUAAGGGUUUGUUAAUUAAAAAUGUGACUAAAAUUAUACUUUUUUCAAAAAAAAUUUAUCCAUACAUAAUUGAAAUUGUAUUAAAAGGUGCCAAGAUUUAACCGAACAGUUAAAAAAAGGUUUCAAAGGGUAAAUAUUUCUCUGAAAAUGUAUGCCUAAGAGCAUUUCCAAAAAUACUCUCUAUUUUAGAAUUUACAAAACUCUAAAUUUGAAGUUUCAAAGUGUUCUUCUCUAAAAGUAAAACUUCAAACCUAACUUCAAAAUUAUUUGUAUUUUACACUAUGGUCUUUAUUUAAUAUAAAUCCAAUUAAGCUUUUAUAAAUAACUAGCACAUAUAUAAAAAUAUUCAGAUAAUAUGAAUUAAUAAAAUCUUACACUAAAUAUAUAAAAUUGUAAAUAGAAACACAUAAUUCAGUAUUAAACUACAAGAAAAAUACCACAUUAUUCGAUAAAAUUAUUUCAGUAAUGCUCCAUCUUCGGUUACACAAAAUAUGUUUGGACAAUAUUUUGGAGGUUCCAGUAAAAAUUUACCAGACUAUUAUUGAUGUUGUAAUAUUUAAAUUUGUGUAAUAAUUAUUUUUUCAUGUAUCUUUUAAAAUAUUUUUUAAUUAAGUUUCUUUUGUAACAUUAUUGUUGUCUAAUUCUAGUUUUAAAAUAUUAUAAUCUUAUUUUGAAAUUUUUAUUUAUUUUAUACGAAAAUUUUGAAUUAAUUUUUUUUUUUGAAAUAUUUAUGAUGUAGAAAAAUUUUGAGGAUCAAAACGAUGAAUGAAAAAUACUUAAGAAUUAUAAAAUAUUAUGUAUAAUUAGUUGUAAGGAUCAAAAUGAAAAAAAAAAAACUUUAAAAUUUAAAGUUUUAAAGUUUGGAGAGCUAAAACUCUAUAUCUGAAGUUAUAGUGUCUUUUUUAAGAUGCUCUAAUCGUUUCUAAUGGAUUGCCAAAGUGGAUAAUAAUCUUUUCCGACAAGAAAAGAAGAAGACAUGAGACUUUUCUCUCUCUCUCAAAAUAACAGAAGAAAGCAACGGUCACAUGCGCGGGUAAACAAAAAAUAAACAAUUUUCUGUGAAGUGAUAGAGAACCGUGACACUAUUUAAACACUCAACUCUUUCUAAAGUUUCGCAUCAUCAAUCAUCAUAUCCUCUCUUCUUUCUACUACACUCUCUGCAACACACAAAUGGAGAAACCAUCCUCAAUGAAACAAUGGAAGAAAGGUCCUGCUCGUGGCAAAGGCGGUCCACAAAACGCUCUCUGUCGAUACCGCGGAGUCAGGCAAAGAACGUGGGGCAAAUGGGUGGCUGAGAUCAGAGAGCCCAAGAAGAGGGCAAGACUCUGGCUCGGCUCUUUCGCUACAGCUGAAGAAGCAGCCAUGGCUUAUGACAAAGCCGCUUUGAAACUCUUUGGCCACGACGCUUAUCUCAACUUACCUCAUCUUCAGAGGAAACAAGGGCCUUCUGUGAACAAUACUCAGAGGUUUAAAUGGGUGCCUUCAAAGAAGUUCAUCUCUAUGUUCCCUUCUCGUGGUUUGCUUAACGUGAAUGCUCAGCCUAGUCUUCACAUUAUCCAGCAAAGACUAGAUGAGCUGAAGAGAAACGGACUUCUAUCUCAAUCCUAUUCUUCUAGCCCUUCCUCUGCUAGCUUUCUUGAUGAGCAGAAGAAGCCAGAGAUGGACCUGAACGAGUUUCUUCAGCAGAUGGGGAUCUUGAAGGAUAAGAGUCAAGCAGAAGCAAGUGAAGUAGCAGUGAGUCAUUACACUCCACCAUGGAAAGAACAAGAAGAAAGUGGAGGUCCUUUCACAGAUCAGAGUUUAAGCUGGGAGACAAUGAUUGAUGAGAUGCCAGGAAGUGAAACCUCAGCUAUGCAUUUCGACUGUAGCAAUUUCGGAAGCUAUGAUGAUUUAGAGGAUGAUCUAGGUUUCCCUUCCAUCUGGAACUUCUGUGGAAGCUUAGAUGAGUGAGAGUUACUUCUUGUGGAUCAGGUUCAGAAGUACACGUGUGGAGUUAGGCUUAGUGUAGUGCUUUUUGGACUAGUGUAACAUGAUAGCUGCAUGGAUAGAAAAGGGAUAUGCUCAGAGUGCAGUCUAAUGAGUCAGUGUACUUCUGAAUAUGAACGAGUUGUUCUGUUUUUUUUUUAAUAUAUUAAUUAAGCAUGUUCUUUCCUUUCUCUAUCCUUCAGAUCAAGAGUAAUUAAAAA